AUGGCUGACAUGUUUGGACCAGUUUUCACUCUUAAACUUGGUGUCCAUCGAGUUCUAGUUGUUAGCAAUUCUGAGAUGGCUAAAGAGUGUUUAACUACCAAUGAUAGAGUCUUUGCUAGCCGGCCAAAAGCCUUGGCAAGCGAGCUGAUGGGCUACAACUAUGCUAAUUUCGGCUUUGCACCAUAUGGACCAUACUGGCGUCAUAUUCGAAAGAUAAUUGUGCAUGAACUGGUGUCUCAACAUCGCCUUCAAGUGCUUGCACAUAUUCGCGUCUCUGAAGUGAAGUCAUCCAUAAUAGACAUCUACAGAAGUUGGGUUCGAAAUAAAGAGUCUUCUGAAACCGUAAUAGUUGACAUAAAAGAAUGGUUUGGAAACUUGACUGUGAACAUGGUUGCAAGGAUGUUGUUUGGCGAUCAUUUUUUUUUUUCAUCUGGUGAACAAAACAGAGACGAGUUUUUAAAGGCCAUUAGGCGGUUUGUGGACCUGUUUGGAGCGUUUGUUCCAUCAGAUGCCAUUCCAUGGUUGAGGUGGUUAGAUUUAGAAGGGUAUGAGAAGAAGAUGAAGAAGACGGCGCUAGAGAUAGAUAUUGUAGUUAAUGGAUGGCUAGAAGACCAUAAAAAGAAGAUGAGUUCUACUUCUACAAUGCAGGAAGAUGAGAGCAGACACCAAGCAGUCUUCCUGGUUGCAUUGUUAUCCCAUGUUAAGGAAGAAGUAAAGGAGGAAGUGUAUGGCUUCAGCACCGCUUUCAAGUUAAUCUUUAAUGAAGUGUCUAUCAACUUCCACGUGUUUUGUGCGAUCGUGUUGUACAGGGUUUUCUGA